CUUUGGUACUGAUAUAUGCAAAGAGCAUAUAAAUUGUAUAACGUAUAUAAACACUACGUUCUACAUGGGAUCUGUCUUGGUGGAAAUAUGGAUUUGCUAAAGCCCACUAACUCCGAUACAAGUUUACCGAAUAAGUCAAAACAACCAAAUACAGCAAGGAUGAAAGGAGUUCAAAAUGAGUUAAAGAUUAUUAGCGUCACAUCCACUCCAUCUCAUUGGGAUUUAAGGCUAAAAUACGGCAAACAAGACAAUAAUGUGCAAGAAUACAAUUUAGAAGCAGAUAUGCAAGAAUAUACUGAAGAAAAUAACCAUUGCCAAGAAUACAGCGAAGAAUAUAACCAUCUUGAAGAAUAUAGUCAAGAAUACACUGAAACUUAUGUGCAAGGUUACACUGAAGAGCAACCAGCUGAGUUAGACACAACAUAUCAACAUAUUGAAGUGAUAAAUGAAAUUAUCGAUGAAUCAGAACCAUAUAAUAAUUUUGUACAAGAAGAAGUGAUCAGUGAUCUUUAUAUUGACGAUGAAAAUGAUUUUAGCAAUGUCACAGAACCAAAAGAUAAUUUUUUCAAUGUCAAUAUUAAAGUUAAAAAAGAGUUUAGAGAUGUUGAAUUAGGUUAUGGUAAAGUUGAUGGAAUUAUGAAGGUUGAUGAAAUUCCAAGGAAUAACAGAGUUGAUAGAACUAAUAUUAAAGUUGAAAAUGAGUUUAGAGAUGUUGAAUUAGGUUAUGGUAAAGUUGAUGGAAUUAUGAAGGUUGAAGAAAUUCCAACGCAUAACAGAGUUGAUGGAAUUCGGAAUCAUUAUGAAAACGUUGAUAAGGUUCUGAAGCAUUUUGAAACAGUUAAAAGCAUACAAAAUGAUGAAGUUGAUGGAUUGAAGGAUGUUGUUAUGAAGAAUGUGAUCUCGCUGGAUGAAUUUGCGAUGUUGAAAUGUACAGUGUGCUUUAAAGCAUUCUGGGGUGAAGAUGCAUACAAUGAGCAUAUGAAGAAACAUACCACUAAGAGGGCCGCUCGUGGUAAAAGAAAAAAGCAAUCCAGUGGUGUUUUAAAAAAUGAUAAACCCCCAUCCAGUAAAUGGGCGAUAGUCAAAGUAAAAAAAGUUCGCCCAAAACGCUUAGCGAGACACAAAGACGAUGAAGAUAAUACAACUAAAUUAAACAGUACUAAAAAUCAUUGUGUAAGUGUAAAUAAUAUUGUUGAUAGUGAUAGUGUUAAGAAUGACAUUGACAGUUCUCAAACUAAUAUUCAUAGUGAUACCAGUGAUAUUAAUUUUGACAGUAGUACUGUUAAAAUUGAAGUUGAUUAUGACGGCAGUAAUAUUGUUGAAGUUGAUAAUGACAGUAGUUAUACCGUUAAAGUUGAGGGUGAUAACGAUGCUAGUGCUGUCAAAGUUGAUGUUGAUAAUGACAGUAGUUAUACUGUCAAAGUUGAGGGUCAUAAUGAUGCUAGUGCUGUCAAAGUUGAUGUUGAUAAUGACGGCAGUGCAGUCAACGAAAACAAAGAUCUACUCAUAGAAAUACUGGGAAAGACAAAAGCGAUAAAACUACGCGAAAAGAACGCCAAAAGAAUGUUUGGAAAUUCUCAAACUAAUAUUCAUAGUGAUACCAGUGAUAUUAAUUUUGACAGUAGUACUGUUAAAAUUGAAGUUGAUUAUGAUGGCAGUAAUAUUGUUGAAGUUGAUAAAGACAGUAGUUAUACCGUCAAAGUUGAGGGUGAUAAUGAUGCUAGUGCUGUCAAAGUUGAUGUCGAUAAUGACAGUAAUUAUACCGUCAAAGUUGAGGGUGAUAAUGAUGCUAGUGCUGUCAAAGUUGAUGUCGAUAAUGACAGUAAUUAUACCGUCAAAGUUGAGGGUGAUAAUGAUACUAGUGCUGUCAAAGUUGAUGUUGAUAAUGACAGCAGUGCAAUCAACGAAAACAAAGAUCUACUCAUAGAAAUACCGGGAAAGACAAAAGUUAUAAAACUACGCGAAAAGAGCACCAAAAGAAUGUUAAAAAAGCGUAUAAUUGUUACAUAUAGAAAAUGUGAUGAAAAUUGUACAAACGACCAGUAUUGUACACAGUCUAAAGAAUGUAGAAAGAAAAAGAGAAUCAAACGAGAUAUCCUACCCUAUGAAUGUAUACACUGUGGUUACAAAUGUAAUAAAAAAAAGAAUUUCGAAACACACAUGCUAACGCAUACCAGAGUGCAGAGAUUCUCUUGUCGCAUAUGCGGAUACAAAUGCGUGCAAAAGAGUCAUUUAGACCAGCAUAUGCGGACACAUUCUAAAACAAAACCUUAUUCUUGUAACUAUUGUGACUACGAAUGCGUUCAACAAAGCCAGUUGGACCAACAUGUUAGAACACAUACACAUGUGAAACCAUUCUCGUGUAACUUCUGUGGUUACUCGUGCACACAGAGGUGUCAUUUAGACCAGCAUAUGCGAAGGCAUACCGGGGCUAGGCCGUUCGCAUGCAUAUUCUGUGACUACAAGAGCGUGCAACGGAGUCACUUGAACAACCAUAUCAUGAAUGUGCAUACAAAUGUACAUGUGUUCACAUGCCGCCAUUGCAGGUAUAGAUGUCUCCAACUGGACAUGCUAGCCAAGCAUAUGAAGACUCAUAGUGUGGACACAGCCUACUAAUAUUAUCCAUCCUACUAAUAACUACACAUACAUGCUAACGCAUACCAGAGUGAAAAUAUUCUGCUGUCGGAUAUGCGGAUACAAAUGCGUGCAAAAGAGUCAUUUAGACCAGCAUAUGCGGACUCAUUCUAGAACAAAACCUUAU